ACCCGCCGAUCGAAGAUCCUACGACCCACUCGUACGUCCUGGGCAAAUUCCAGCGGGAUGACGAUGAGGACGAUGGGGAUGGGGAUGGGGAGCGGCGUUCGAAGGGCGACGUGGCAGAACUGCAGACCAAGGGCGAGUCGAGAUACCUCGUCCAGCGACUCGGUGGAGGAACGACGUGCGAUCUCACGGGAAAGGAGCGCAAGGUGGAAGUCCAAUUCCACUGCCAUCCACAGUCGACGGAUCGCAUCGGGUGGAUUAAGGAGCUUACUACGUGCUCAUACCUGAUGGUGAUCUACACCCCGCGGCUGUGCCACGACGUCGCCUUCCAGCUGCCUCAGCCCGAGGACGUGCAUGAGAUCCAAUGUCGAGAGAUCAUUGCUCCCGAAAACGUGGCUGACUGGGAGGCCAAGAGGGCCCAUCAGGCUGCGCAGAGGCUGGUGAAUUCCGGGAAAAAAGAGUUUCCUACGGUGGGAGGGAUCGAGGUUGGCGCGAUGAAACUGGUGGGGACAGAGGGCCGACAGAUCGAAAAGGGUCGCGUGGCAUCUGCCGGCGAGGAGAUUGUCGAGGUCGUGGCGAAGAAGGAGAACGGGGAGGUGACGCGCCUGUCCCGGGAGGAACUGCUGAAGUUCGACCUGGACCCGGAGAAGGUCGAGACGUUGAAGAAGCGGCUGGAAGAGCUGGCUAACGGCAAGGACUGGAAGCUGGAAGUGGUCGAAGCCAACGGAGAGCGAGGACUCCGGGGCAUUGUCGACGCAGACGAGGAGGAAGAGAACAGUAGUGAAGGAUCGCCAAGGCAGGAAGCGAGCAAAGGAGGGAAGAAGGCAGAGAACAAGCGGGGCCCCGUGCAGGAGGAGCAGGCGGCGGAGGACGAGGAGGGCAGUGAGGAGAUCUUCAAGGACGAGCUAUGA